GGUCACACUGAAGCGCGGGAAAGCCGUCAGCUGUCAUCACAAAUUUUGCGAGCAACUAGGCGAAAGAAUUACAAUAAAUAAACCUAAAAGUCGCUGCAGAGAAGUACACGAACCCGAAAAAGAAAGUUACACUAACAAUCAGAAAUUAUUGCAUCACAAAACGCAAGAGUUGAUCGCGGUUUCAGCAGUCGCACUUUUUCAAGGUGUUAUUUUCCUGCACGGAACAAAAGCAGAACCUGCUGAAAAAGCGCGGCGUUUCAGGCGUCUGGAAUAAAUCAGUCUGUGCAUCCCAAUCCACGAGGUACAGUCAUGGCCAAGGUACACAUCACCAACGUGGUGGUGCUGGACAAUCCUAGCAGCUUCUUCAAUCCUUUCCAGUUCGAGCUGACAUUCGAGUGCAUUGAGGAGCUGAAAGAGGAUCUAGAGUGGAAGAUGAUCUACGUGGGCUCGGCGGAGUCGGAGGAGCACGACCAGGUGCUGGACACUAUAUACGUGGGCCCGGUGCCCGAGGGAAGACACAUCUUUGUCUUUCAGGCGGAUCCGCCAGAUGUUAGCAAGAUCCCAGAACCAGACGCAGUGGGCGUCACCAUUGUCCUGCUCACCUGCUCAUAUCGCGGACAGGAGUUCGUACGUGUGGGCUAUUAUGUAAACAACGACUAUGCGGAUCCGGAGAUGCGCGAGAACCCGCCACCGAAACCCCUCUUCGACAAAUUGACUCGCAACAUCCUGGCCAGCAAGCCGCGAGUCACCCGCUUCAAGAUCAACUGGGAUUAUGGGCACAUCAACGGUAACGGUAACGGAGUCGAGAACGGCCAUGACGAGGAAAUGGUCACCGAUGGCCCGUCCACGUCCGAAGCAGCGUCAGUCGUUGUGCAACCGGAGGAAGACAACAGCCUGGCCAUGCCCAUCGAGAACGGUAUUAAGGCCCUCAACGAGAACUCCAACUCACUGGCCAUGGAAUGUUGAGAUCUGCCGGCAGUCCCAGCUGUAACCACAUAAACCCACACACACAGCCUCUCACCCACACGAACACAUGCUGCUAUGGUCGACGACUUGAGGAUAACUCCGACUCGGACACUUAGCACUACAUGUCCCUCUAUUUAAGUAACUAUUAAUUAAAUCAAACAGUUAAAUAUAUAUACAUUAAAUUAA